AGUCAGCCGACAACACCACCUUAUAUCCCCUCCACCCGAUCUCUGCCUCCAGCUUCCUUAUCGCCACCUUGCGCCACCGAAUCACCAAGGAAACACCACCUCGGUUGGGUCCCAAACCACCAGAGCAACCAGCUAUCGCUCACCCUAACGCCGGGGAAAUGAAGUCGCGAGCCCGCUGCCGCCGCCCAUUCGCCAUCAGACGUCGUGACGCCGCUGUUACGCUGAGUAUUGCUGCCGUCGCAGCUCCGCUACCGGAAACGACAUGUUCGGCUGGGUUGGCCGCCAAGAUCGACGGCAGAGUGAGCAUUGUUGCUGCGAGAGUCGGGAGCGAUCGGAAAAUGCUGGCAGGAAUCAAGAGACCACCGCCACCACCGUGAGGUGGUGGCUGCCAUCUCAAAUCCGCUAAUGUCGCCGCCAAGAGCCACCAGGUGGGUGGCUGGAAUGUCUAGUGCAACAUGAAGUGUGUGAAUGUGUGUUUGGUGUAGCUGGAAGACCGAGAACCGCCACUACCACCACUAUAAGGUGGUGGCUGCCGCCACCAGCUGCCGUGUCGGGUGGCGGUGUGCUUAGUUGUGUUGGGAUUGCUUGUUGGAUGUUUGGACAAUGGACUAAAACCCUAAUGGGCCUAUGAAACCCUAAUGGGCCCAGUGAAGCCCUAAUGGACCCAAAAGCCCAAACAUGUGACUAAUGGGUGUAAUAAACGCUAAUUGACCUAAGGAAAACCCUAAUGGGUUUAAAGACUUGUUUUUGGGCCUAUUGGAAUGGAAUUGGACUUAUCGGGACCCACAUUUGGGCUUGGACUUAUCGGGACCCACAUUUGGUCCAUUAGAACGAAAUUGUAUAUUAAGCCCAAUCACACCAUGAGCUAUUUAGAAGAGUGAUGGACUUAAUGGAUUAAGUCCUUAAUGGGUUAAGUGAGAAACACUUAACCCAAACGUCAUUUUAUGAGAAACCCUAAUUUCACUUGGUUUUAUUGUUGGGCCUUUCUAUUGUGCCUUGAUGAUUGGAUUUAUUAAUGGGCCAUCCAAGAUCAAGCAAAUGGACUAGAAUAAUUAAUGGGCUUUGAAGUAAGGACCAUAUGAGGAGUUGGGCCCAAUUUAGAAAAUUGGGCCAUAGAUGAGUCAUAGUUUGGGCCUUUAUGAUUAUGUGAUAUUGGGCCAUUAGAAUGUUGAAUGUUGGACUGCACUAAAUGGUUUGGGCCUUAUGGUAAGACCUUGUAAAGGUUUGGGCCUAAUUUAGAAAAUUAGGCCAUAUGUUGGGCUUUGACUCAUAGUUGACUGUUGGGCCUUUGGAUUGGGCCUUGGGCUUGAAUAAAGCUAAGUUAGGGGUAAAGUAUUAUUUACCCCCUCCCCCCCCCCAAGUAUGUAUUUAUGGUUAUGUGUUGGGACCCAAUUAUUAAUUGGGUGAUGUUUUAACAUUGACAGUUCGAGAAUCUGUCAUCCAGCAGCUGGGGAUUAUGUCUACGGGACUUCAGCAGUGUGAGGUGAGUUACCUUCCAGUAGAAGUGGGUCUACGGCCACAAUGCCGACCCACUAGAAGGAGUUGCUUGAUAGAUAAUUGUCUUUGUGAUAAUUAUCUGUUAUGUCGUUAUCUAUUAUGUUUGUGUGCUAGGAUGCUUUGUGAUACAUAUUAGUAGUAGUAGGGGUGAAAUAGUCCCCGGAUAGCAGUUGAGAGAUACCGCAGGGGUCGUCAGAACCCAUGUAUGCCUAGCAUUAUGUUUAUGAUAUGUUAUAUGUGAUAGUGGUAGUAAGAGGGGAAAUAGUCCCCAAGUUCGGUUGUUAGGACCGAAGGGUAGGUCGGGCACCCCAGAUAUGCCUGACAGUAUGAUUAUGAUAUACUAUUGUGUGGUAGUGGUAGGGGGUGAAAUAGUCCCCGCUGUCGGUUGAGAUAGACCGGAGGGUAGGUCGGCACCCCAGAAUGGCCUGACAUGGGUAUGUCAGCACCCCAGAAUGGCUUGACAUGGGUAGGUCAGCACCCCAGAACGGCUUGACAUGGGUAGGUCGAGCACCCCAGAAUUGCCCGGCAGCAUGUAUGUUGUGUGGUAUGUGGUAUGAUGAGGGAACUCACUAAGCUUUGUGCUUAUGGUUUUCAGUUUUGGUUUUAGGUACUUCGUUUUCAAAUGAAAGGAGCCGACUCGAUCGCAGCGCAUCACACUAUGUUUUCCGCACAUUAGAUCCUUGGGAUUACACUCUGAUAUGGUUUUAUGAUACUAUGUUUUGGAUUAUUGACACUUGGGUUUUGACAUGAGACAUUAUUAUGAAUGUUUUUGUACUGAUGGUUUUAUGUAAUAACAUAAUUAAAACGAAAUUGUGGCCUG